GAUUGAAGUUGUUUAGAAGUUGAAGAAGGAGUAGCGCUGCAUGUACUGCCUGUUUUUGGCAUUUUCCAAAAGAGAAGUGAAGGGCGUGGAAAUGACAACUUUUCCGUUCGAAACGUUUAAAAUAGCCCGUCUUAUGAGUCAACCUUCCAGUCAAGUUAUAACCGCGCACGCUGUCACGCCUCAUUCUCAACCUGCACAACACCAACCAUCCACCAUGGACGGCAAAAGCUGGCAGCGCAGCAUUGGCGACCAACACUUCCUCAUCUCGACCUCCCGAUCCCUGCUCCCAAUCUCCUUCGUGCAAUCCGCCUUCGCGGACCCCUCAGUCUACUGGGCCGAACCUCUCUCAGACGCUGCAACGAGGAAAAUGCUCGACAACUGCUGCACCCUGGGUCUCUACACCCUCCCUUCCCCAACAGACACAUCGAACCCAACACCUAUCGGCCUCGCCCGCUGGGUCACAGACUACGUCACCUUCGCCUACCUGACCGACGUCUUCAUCCUGGACGCCUACCGCAACCUGGGGCUGGGCAAGUGGAUGGUGCGGUGCUGUCGGGAGUGGGUGUUGGAGGAGAUGCCGGAGCUACGCAGGGUCAUGCUGCUUACGGGGGAUGAGCACUUUGCGAGGUUGUAUGGGAGGGAGUUGGGGAUGAGGGUGGUGGGGCGGGAUGAGGGGAGUGGGUUGUUGGUUUUGGAGGCGAGGAAGGGGGAGGUCAGGAAGGCGGAGGAGGAGGCGGAGAAGGGGAAUAAUGAUUCUACUGUAUCGGAAAAUUGAAAAGAUUGUAGGAGAUGUAAUGGGAAGGGCGGGUGGUAGAUCAGUGAGGGUGGAUGUCGGCGUGC